AUGGAAUUUAAUUUUCCAUUUAUUGAUUACAUUGUGUUAUUUAUCUUAACAGAUUCUUCAUAUAUUCAUAUCCAGAGAUCAUUCUCUUUGUGGCAUUUGAUAACAAAUACAUUAGCCAAUAAAAAACUUUUCUUGCACAAUAUAGAACUGCAAAUGACGUGGGUGAGUCCAGAAUUUGAAGACGUGGUGCAGCGCGUUCAGCCUGUAUCAGUUGAUGCAAACUUCCUAUCUACUCAGUUUCCCAAAUAUAAAUUAGGGCCCGAUAAUCAAAUUUUAGAGGAUAUCAAAGAGGGUAGUAGAGGCCUCACCCUGAAGGAGGUAGUUCUUCAGGAAAAGAACCAGCUAACAGAACAACAUAAGCGCCUUUCUGUUCAAGAUUUGGUCAGAAAAUUUGACAAGAAUUUGGCUGCCGCAGAAAAGUUGUCUGAUGAGGCUAAACUUAGGGAGGUGGCUUCCUUAGAGGGACAUGUUAUUCUGAAGAAGCUCAGGGAUGCAUUGGAAUGUCUGAAGGGAAGAUUGGCUAGUCGAAACAAAGAAGAAGUGGGGAAGGCCAUUUCUAUGGUCGAAGCUUUGGCAGUAAAGUUGACUCAAAGAGAAGGAGAGUUAGUUCAGGAGAAGUUUGUACUGAAAAAGCUAGCGAACUUUUUCAAGCAGGCUUCUGAAGAUGCUAAAAAAUUGGUUAACCAAGAAAAGUCCUUUGCUUGUACUGAAAUUAAUAUCGCGAGAGAAGUUGUGCAAAAUAUUGCACAGGCCCUUGAGGAACAAGAAAGACUCUCCCAAUCCUCAGGGAAGCAGCAGGAAAUGGAAAAACUAAUAGAGGAGGUUCAACUGGCCAGAAGAAUUAGAGUAAUGCAUCAGCCUAGCAAGGUGAUGGACAUGGAACAUGAACUCCGAGAACUGAGAAUUCAAAUUAGAGAGAAGUGUAAAAUUUCAUUUAAUCUUAAAAAAGAGUUGGCAAUGAGCAAGAGAAUUGAGGAAAACAAAUCCCGAUUGUAUGAGUUAUUUGGCUCUGAAACAUUAGGUUCAAUUUUAAGAAUUCAGUCCUGCUCGGACGAAGCAACAGAGCUUUCAAAAUGUUUGAUUCAAUGGUAUCGUUUGUCUUCUCAGUGCAGCCGCAGGGAACCUGUUUCAGGUGCCAACAAGUUCGUAUAUGCUCCAGAGCCCAUUGACGUUGGACGAGUUCUUCAGGUUGAUAUAGUCUCAAAUGGUCAAAAGGUCUCAGUAACAACUUCUGGUCCUAUCAAUCAAGCUGCUGACUUGGGGUGCUUUGUGGAGACGCUUUUACAAAAGCCAAACAGUGACUUCAAUGUGGUUAUCUUCCAGAUGAAUGGACGGAAUUAUUCGUCACAUUCAGUGCACUUGUUUCACGUCAGCAAAACUAGGAUAAAGCUCAGUAAAGGAUGGAUGACGAAGGCCAGAGAGUCUUAUUCUGGGUCUAUGCAGCUGUGUGGAUUCAGAGGAGGAGGCAACUUUGCAGCAAAAUCAAUAUUUUGGCAAGCUAGAGAAGGAUAUUCAUUCGUUCUAGUUUUCGAGUCCGAACGGGAAAGAAAUGGAGCCCUUAUUCUUACCAGGAAGAAUGCACUCGACUGCAACGUCUUGCUUGCUGGUCCAGACGAUAAUAUCUUAUUGCCGUUGUUGACCACUAAUCCUACGAUAAAUGGAGGGAGGGAGGGAGAGAGAGAGAGAUUUAUAGAGGGAGGGAGGGACGGAAUUGAAGAAUAUCCUUCGGAAGAGGCAAAGAAGAAAGGAUUUAAAGAAGAUUUUCAAGGUUUUGACACGGCUACAAGACUGAUGAAUCAACAGGAAAACAGAGGCGAGGCAGUUCUCGCGGGCAUUAAGCAGAAGAGCAUGGCAUCAGAAAGAAAGAAUCGUCCUGCACUUACCAACAUUGGAAAACGGAUUACGAUUCCUGGCGUUGAGGGAAAGCCAGUUCCUAAGGUCUCCCGCCCCAUUACGAGGAGCUUUCUUGCGCAAUUAGUUGCUAAUGCAAAGGAUGCAGCAGCUGAAAACAAGAAGGAAACUAUGGCAAAUGGAGCUCUACCUAAUCAGAAAGCUAUGGGAAGGAAGGAAGCUCAGAAGAAAGCCACUAUCAAACCCAAAAAGCUUGAGGAGAUUAUCGCAAUUAGUCCAGAUACUGAAGAAAUUGUUGAGAAAGAUAGGGCUCAGAAGAAAGACACUGUCAAAACCAAAAAGCCCGAAGAGAUUAUCGACAUUAGUCCUGAUACUGAAGAAGUUGUUAAGAAAGACGAGUCCAUGAAACAGGAAAAGGCUGGAGAAGGGUCAUUGAAGAAAAAACUCCAACUUUGA